UGGAAUGUGGCUAUGCUUUUAUUUUGUUCUUGCCUUCUAUAUGUGCAACUUUAACUAAGACUCUUUGUCCGCUGGCAACUCUCUUCUCUUCUUUUCUCUUCUCACUCUCUAAUUUUGUGAGUGACAAUGGAAGCUGGACUUCCAAUGCUUAACUGUCUCUUGCAGCACACGCUACGGAGCUUGUGUUCAUAUUCAGAUUCUUCUUCUUCUUCUUCUUCAUCAAAGUGGGUUUAUGCAGUGUUUUGGAGGAUACUGCCUCGAAAUUAUCCACCACCAAAGUGGGAUUAUGGAGGGAGUGCACUUGAUCGUUCCAAAGGAAACAAAAGAAACUGGAUUCUUGUAUGGGAAGAUGGGUUUUGUGAUUUCUAUGAAUGUGAGCGUGCUGGAAGUGGUUAUGUAAAGGGAAGGUUCGGAGCUGAUAUUUUCUUCAAAAUGUCACAUGAAGUUUAUAACUAUGGAGAAGGAUUAGUAGGGAAAAUUGCAGCAGAUAACAGUCACAAAUGGGUGCAUAAAGAAAUCCCAAAUGAAAAUGAUCCAGGCUUCAUCUCCUCCUGGAAUAUGUCUAUUGAACCUCCAAAGGCAUGGACAUCACAGUUCAAUUCAGGCAUUCAGACAAUUGCCAUCAUUUCUGUCAGAGAAGGGAUCAUUCAACUUGGUUCAUUGGACAAGAUGGUGGAAGAUCUUAAUCUGGUGAUCAGCAUACAGAGGAAAUUCAGCUAUCUCCAGAGUAUACCUGGUGUAUUCGCCAUUCAAAGACCAUACUUGCCGAUUCAACAACAUCCGUACGCCCUUAAACCAAAUAACCAGAUGCCAGAACACCAUGAAACAACCACUAUCUGUCUUGAUGACAAACCCCAGUUUGGCGGAACAAAAAGAUUGAUCGACGAAAGACCCGAGGAUUCUGCAAUCAAGUCCAUCAACUUAGGUUGGAACAGCCCACAAAAUGGCAUUAUAGGACCACCCUUUUGGUCAAUUCCACCCCUUCUUCCUACUGUGUCUUGCAGUCUUGGAGCUUUGUUAUCCAAGCUGCCUUCUGUCAUCCCAUCUUAUAGCGUUAGCGAACCUCCUGAAAUAAACAUCAUCAACCACACCAACAAUACACACCAAAGAGGGAAGGCCGAUAAUGGAGGUUCGUUAGGUGAAGUUCCCAUUGCUGAGACAAAAAUAGAAGCUUCAAAUCAAUUGGAAGCUGCUGAUGAGGAGAAGCCAAGAACUGUAAAAGCUAAUUUAGUGCUACAAGAUGAUGCUGUAGUAGAACUAGGAUUUGGACCUCUCAAAGGCUGAUGAGGAAAAACAUUCUAAAGCUUGAAGUAAUUAGGACAAUCAACUAUACUAUUAUCAAAAGAUAUGAUUGGUCUUCUUUUUGCUCACUUAGUUGUUUUUGCACCCCUUUCAUAUGCCCAUGUCUAUAAAAUAUUAGAAAUACUUAAUAAAAUGUAAUAAGCUGGCUGAUUA